CUCGUCGCGAGACCAGUCUUCUCUCGCCCUUUGAGGAGGAAAGAGUCACUCGAGACGUAUUCCCAACCCCACAACACGUGCCGUGCUAAAUCCUUAAAGUUAAUCAGAAAAAGUAAAAACUUUUACACAUAUUUUGCUUAAAAUCCGAAAAAUCGAGGCUACAAGACUGUGUCAAAAAACAUAAAAUUUUCUGGACAGUGUCAAAGUUCUUGAACCCAAAUUUGAACGGAUUUUUAUUAUUAUCAUUUUUUUCACGGGGAGGAAAUCCCAUGUAAACAGAGCGACAUAUUUUUUCCGUCCACAAUGUCAUCCCGAAUCUUGGCAUGUUUUUUUUCUGUCCGUAUCAGACUCACACUUGACUGAGCAGCAAGUCGUCGUCGCCACGGUGGGAGUGGAAUUCUUCUGAUGCGAAGUGGAGUACUGGGCCAAGAAAGAGGUGAAAAAAGUGGAGAAUCCAUCCUCCAUUCGCGUGGGUGAUGUGAUUUCUGGAGGAAAAAUUGCACCCACUUCCUUCCGGGAUUAGAAAAGUCGUGCCGUUUUUUGCACGGAUUCCAUUCCCAGUAGUGCAAAACUGUGCUCACCGACCGAGUGCUCGCCCAGUUGGCAGUAAUAAUAUCGUUGUCGUUGUCAUCUCAAAUUUCACACAGACUUUGUCGCUUAAUAAAGUUGAAGGAAUUCUGGAUAGAAUGCCAAUUUAAAUAAUCCCGUGCAGUGGUGAGAGUGAACUCGGUGAGUGAAUGAAAAAAGGAUAAGGACAGAUUUAUAUAAGCAGUUACGGGAGGGAGAGGAAGUAAACAAGUGAGUUAUGCAGAGGGACGAAGUACACAUGCCCAAGAAAUAAAUAAAAGACGAUAAAAAAGCGACACUAUUUUCUAUACCAAGAGGACGACGGAUGGAUGUACGUACGCCAUGCAGAUAAACAUAUUCUUCCUCGGAUAAAACGAUGACCAAAAUCGGACUUAAUUACCCGUCAGAGUGGAAUUUCUACUACGUCUCUGUCAUCACACAAAGCACGUAGCUAAUAAUAAGUGAUCACAGAAUACGUGACGAAAUGGAGUCUCUCACGGCGACGACUCGGAUCACCCUGUCGUCGGACGAUGUCAUCCGUCCCCAGAUGUUGCAACUGAGAGACUUUCGCCCCUUCAAGACGAGCGAUGAGUAUUUGUUGGCGAUGAAGGAGGACUUGUCGGACUGGCUGCUGACCCUUUAUCCUGACCUCUCCAUCACCACCAACACAUUCAUGGAGUGCCUCGAAACCGGCGUUACGCUUUGCAAGCACGCCAACAACGUUCGCCAAGCGUGCCUCGAGUGGAUUGAGGAGGGUAAAAAGCUGCCCAAAUGUUGGGGGAAGGAGUGGAAGCUGCCCCACGGAGAGGUCACCUUCAACCCCAACGCCAGACCGGAAACGUUCUUUGCGCGAGAUAACGUUCACAAUUUUAUCACGUGGUGCAGGAAGCUGGGAAUCUUUGAGUGUCUCCUCUUCGAAUCGGAUGACCUUAUCAUGCGAAAAAAUGAGAAAAGUGUCAUCCUCUGCUUGUUAGAGGUGGCCCGACGAGGUUCGCACUUCGGCAUGGCGGCCCCAAUGCUGGUCCAGUUUGAGAAAGAGAUUGAUCGCGACAUCGCCAAGGAUACCGGCGUGGAUCUGAGCAGUUCUGGCGAGGAAGAAGAAUCCCUCCUCGAAUAUGGCCCCAUCCCACAAAUCAUUACUAACGACCUCCGCUCGCUGGAUGAAAGAGUGCGCGAGUUAGUGGAGAGGUGCUCUUGUCCGACCCAAUUUCCCAUGAUUCGUGUUGCCGAGGGAAAGUACAGGAUUGGAAAUACCAAAGUUAUGAUUUACGUGAGGAUUCUAAGAAAUCAUGUCAUGGUUCGUGUCGGUGGAGGAUGGGAUACACUCGCCCAUUACUUGGAUAAGCAUGACCCUUGUCGCUGCUCUGCAAGUCAUCGCGCAGCAAUCUCGUCAAGACUGAUUCUGAAGAAUAACGACGGUGGCGUCGGAGUUGGGGCGAGCCCGAGGAUGAAGGUCGAAUAUGAAAGACGUGACCUCUCUUUCGACGGGAAUGUAACUCCGCCCUGCGCCCCGCCAUCCUUCACAACGACAUCGAUUAAUAAUAACAAGACGAAUAAUAAAGUGGACUUGAGUGAUUCCGGGUCUGAGAUUUCCGACGAAGGGUACAAAACUUCGGAUAACAAUAUCAUCCUCAACAAUUGCAAGUUGCCCCUGGAGAGGAACAAUUAUCACAGUAAUGGAAGCGUCAGUCUUAACGUGUCCCCUACAAAGGAGACCGUCGCUGGUGCUGGAAAGGGGCACGCCAGUAGGAGGACCAGUCUCGUCAGAACGAGGUCAAUGUCCACGGAUGAGGACCGACCCGACUCGCGCUCCACCGACGAGGACAUCAUCCCCCUCACCCCACCUCGCAAGGAGCAGUCUAUCCUAAAAAGCCAUAGUACAAGCCGCGUCCCCAGCCACACUUAUUCUCCCCAACGCAGUAUUUCCAACGACCGGUCCGGUAACCAACCUUCCCUCACAAGGAAACGGUACGUCUCCGGAGAAGCCUUUCCCCCCUCCUCGUCCCCCGUCAAGCAUGCCUUCGGAUCUACCUCGCAUCCACCCAACGUACUCAAAACGCGUCCCCAACCAGCAAACACGCGCAGUCUGUCCGCCUCUGGCCGGGCAGACUUUUACGGGAGAAAUACUAUGGGUCCGAACGUGGGCAAGGCCACCGCAGUUCAUCGAACAACCACCCAACCACGAACACCAACUGGGGGUAAGAACACGUGGAACGGGUACGGAACCGGGCCACGUGUCCGACCUCGUCCCAACCUCUUCCAAUCCGACCUAUUCACGAAUAAAAGGCAGAACUCGGACCUUGGCCAAGGUCAAGACGAAGGGGAUUACAACACCGCCAGUGACCUUCCCGAUUUGGCGUCCUGCAUACGAAAAGCCCUCGAGCUGCGAUCCGAUGCCGAGAAGAUUUCUCAUAUCGAACUUGUCAUCAAACAGUACGAAUUACAGAGGAGUGACAGCCUUCCUCAGAGCGAUGAGUCGGUCAGCCUGCCCUACCUAAAUCACCAAGGGUCACUCUCCGCACCGCCGAAAUCCCUCGGAAAUAACGUCAUCGUGAGCAAAAGGAAAGAGACGGGGUUCACGAAAAUUCCAAAACCCAACUUUUACUGACUUUCGCCAACUUCCAGUAGUAAGAAGAAGAAAAUAUUUAAUCAGGUUUAUAGCAUAUACGGAAUAGUAAUAGUAGUAAUUAACUAUAAACAGUGGGUAACACAAUUUAUUACCAAUUGGUAACUAUUUAUUCGCACAAGACAUCAAUUUACAUAUACGAAUUGGAGAUCACAUCAAAGUAAAAAUAGUCUCAAAUAGUGAUCCCCCACUUUUUGCGAUAAUCUUCUAAAAUCGGCCGACAAAGGUUGAAAGUACAGAAUGCGUUAGUUAAAAUAAUAAUCAAUACCAAUUUUAAAUUGGUUACGGAGAAAAUAUUUCAACAAUCAGUUUUUUCCCUUCUUUUUUUCCACGCUGUUGAUGAUGAUGAUGUUGCAACAAAUACAUAAGUCUAGUAGCAAACUAAAUGCUAGUCUUCAAAUUAUCUUUAGGGGAGGAAUUAACUGUCUUUUUUUAUUAAUUGCAUCCGGUGCUAGAAACUUAAUGGUGGCUGUUACACUUCUUACAAGUUAAUACGAUUGCUGCUGCAGCUGUCUGAAAGUAUGUAGCAAAUAUAAUUGGGAAAUAUCUGCGAAUGCGAGACAAUUUAAUUUUUAUUUAAUUGUCAAUUAACUUAUAGGGUGCCUUACAAAAAAAAUGUUACAGAUGUCCUGUAUAAUUAAUCAUAUUAAGAAUAAAUUGUGAAAGGAAGAUCGAGUGCCAAAUGAAGCAGCGUUGGGUGUCAAGUUUUGGCCAGUUUUUAAUAGAUAAAUAAUAACUUAGAUUAGUAUAAAAUUUGAUAACGUAACAAUCAGACCAGACAAUUCAUCAAUUCGAUUUCCAAACUGUAACGAAUCUCAGAAAGCAUAAAAUAGACUAGUUUUAUGCAGAUAAUAUUUUAGCCAGACUUUGUAAAUUCCCAUUUCCUAAGACAAUUCCUACACAAUUUUAGAAUAGAAAUCCAUACUCGGAAAAUCCUAGCCAACUCUGCCUUCAAAUUGGUGGGUUUUAUUACAUUGUUUCCUCUUGGCAGCUAAAAAACUCAUCUAAUUGAUACACAAUUGAAAUCGUAUACUGACAUCCAAGUCCACUGCACUCUUUCCUUAAAGAAGUUAUAUAUCUAGCAAAUGUUAAAUUCUGCACCCUCACGCAAAUUAUGUACCCCUCACUAAAUUUAGGCCAUUACACGGGCUAAUUUACCCUUUACUAGAAAAAAUUCAACCCAACAAACUAAUAUCGUUCGUACUGAAAGGAAAAAGACUAAUAAAACUGAAACGUGAAAAUUCCCUUCUACUAAUCAGUCUCAUAUGUCACGUCAUGUCGUAUUAGAAAAGUUUGUUUGUACCUCAAUCUCAAAAUGUAAUUGAAUUUAGCGACUUGUUUGUCCCUCUUUUUUCUUGUAACCGCAACAAUAAUAAUCUUUUUUUGAGGAGGACAGUGCUACGAAAAUAUCUACGACGAGCGCAGUCGAGGAUAGAACUGAGAUUCCGUUUCGAAAGGAAUCAAAGAUGCGAUGAUAAUCAUAAUGAUAGCGCCAAACCGCUCACUCGCAGAACAGAUGUCAAUUUUCAAUAGAUAAAUGUAGGUUGUGAAAUGAAAUGAAAUCUACAAAACUCUACUUUCUUUACAGGCUUCGUUUCUCUCGCUCACUUUUUUUGUACAGGCGGACGUGACAAUUUUUUUCAGACAUUAAACCUUUAAAUAGGUAUGUGUGGACGGGUAUGUAUGCAAAUUAGUCAAGUCGUAGAUAAGAUAGAAUUUUGAUAUGUUUAGAUAGAAAGAGAAGGAAAAAAUAUCGCAUUUAUUAUUAUUAUCUACCUACUUAUGUUUAAAUUCAGGAUGAUAUUUAGCACGAGAUUUGCAAAUUUUUGUUUGUUUCAUAAUUAAUUAAAGUAAGUAAUUUACUAAGCCUUCAGCCGAUAAAAAACGUAUUUUUUAGUUAUCCCACUUUGCCAUUAAUUUUUCCAUAAUAAUUAUAAAUAAGUAAAAAAAAAAAGUGCCACUAAUAAUUAAUAAACUGACUAACACAUUUUCCUGCAUAAUUUUAAUUAAUUUGGGAGGAAAACACGAUGAGAUACGAUACAUACAUGCAAAAAAGUGCCCUUUCUUAAGUAAUUGCAGGUGCAGCGUUAAAUAAAAUCAAGAAUUUGAAAUUGCGCUGCAUGCAAGAAAUAGAAUUUGUCAGAAAUGAAUUUAUAAAUAUUUACGGAAUGUUAUGUAAUUUAAUAAUUCUACGAUUAAUUAUUUUGUGUGUACCGUUUUUGUUGAGAGUGUUGAGAGAUUAUUUAGUUUAAUUAGUGAUAACAAUUAGUUUACUUAAUUGCGAUAGUAGUUGAUCCGCAUAGUUGAUGAUAUUUAAUGCGUAAUUAAUAAAAAAUUUUAUACAGAUUAUAUACAGAGUAAAUAUAAAUACGGGGAAAAAUAUGGUUACAAUUUUAGUCUUAGAGUUACAUACAUUAAUUAUUGAAAAGUAAUAAUAAAUGAUUGAAAAGUAAACCAAAUACAUGUGUGUGUAUAUUAUUCGCAAAUAAUUUUCAUCAUAAUUUACAUACUUUUUGGCGAAUCGACACAAGGCAUAAAACGAGGCAAAUUGAGACAUUACUUCUAAUUCAUACACAUUCUCAACUGCAUUCUCAGAGAAUAAUACCAAGGAAAAUAAGUUACAUAUGCAUAAUCCUGGCAAAAAAUUUACAUUCUAGAUAAUUUCCAUAAUUUUGACCAAACAUAAAACCAAAUGCGAACCAAUUAUUUUAAAACGAGGCAAAUUGAGACAUCACUUUUAAUCCGUAUUCAUUCUCAACUGCACUCUGAACUAGAGAUCCGUAGCAUAGUUUGAUGCGGAUCUUGCUCCGUAAGCAUUUCCCAACUUCCGGUCGACUCCGGGCGAAAAGCACGACGGGAGGUGAACACCUUCACGACAUGACACGACUUUUGGCCAGUCAUAGAAUAGGUCAGACGGCGCCAUGCAGUCAGUUCCUCUCACCCAAAUAAGUAAAUAGAAAUACACAAAAUUUCACCAAAAUAUUUCCAUAAAAUGUAAAACAAAUAGUGCUUGUUUGUAAAACAAACAACGUGAUUUAAUAAUGGAGAGAUCUAAAUGAGACAACAAUCACACGCCAACAACAAUGAGCAACAAUGGUCAGCUCUGAAAAUACCGGUGGUGUCAGCAACAACAAGAACGGUGGUACUGGCGCUUCUUCUUCUUCAAGUUGGUCAGUAAUUAAAUUCUUGGACGACAAUGUCCGCUACAUUAAGGUGAGAAUAAAAAAUGUAUUGCCGUGCCACCCACCACCACCACCCUUAAAAUGACAGGUUGUAACCGUACCUCACAUCACGACUGGUUUUCCAAAUACAUGCGACUACACAAUGCGAGCCGUGCGGAAGGGAUGUGGGAUGGGAUCUCAUUUUUUUUUGGGGGGGGAUGAGGUCAAACUGCGAUCGUAUUUAGAAGGUUGGGUCCCUUGACGUGAGGAUUAGGUCAACAAAUUGACACUCAAAAUCCGUAACAUCCCUCCUGCCCUGUCUUCGAUAACAAUGAAAUGAAAUGAAAUGAUGAUCAUCAUCAUAACGUUGCUGGCAGACGGACUAAUAAUGUUUUUCUUUUUCAUGCGACCAUCCGUCCGUCGGAUGCAUUUCUUUAUAUAAAAAUUUCGCCUUUGAAUGCCCCCUUGUUAUUAUUUGGUUACAAGAACGAAAUCAUCAAACCGUGUCAAUCAGUCAGUAGUGGUAAAUAUGCAGUCAUAUAGCGUCAUUUUAAUGGUGAAAUAAUUGAUGAAAAUGAUUGAUCCCAUCUGGCAUGCACUUAAUUUGAACACGUAUAAAAUGCCAAUAUGUCAUGAAAACUAAUUGAUUUGGUUAUUUACAGUAUCCAUUCUUCAUUAUCGGGUGUGGAGGAGUGUUCCUUAUCGCGCGGAGUAUCAGGCUGGGGAGGAAGUUCACCUCAGCGGGUACAAUUCCGAGAGAAUUUUACGCCAAAAACUUUACACUUUAUGGAAGGGUAGAGCAAGUGAAGAAAUUUGAUGGGGGUGAGCAGUCCAUCGUCCUCUUUGUCGACCAUGCCCCCAUUUUGGCAAGGAAGAGGAGAUCGUCGUCACUGCCACAGGAGCCAAGCUACCUUAUCAACAAUUGCCUCCAACUCACCGUCCCGGGAGUACUCCUCAAGUCGAAAUACUUUCCCGAACUGCACAACAAAUUGAUGGCGCAAAAAGUGGCGUUCACUUUGUUAGAAAAGGAUGAAAAUAUGAACUCGGCGAGUUGUCUCGUGUUCGUGAGAACGAUUAAAUUUAUGAUAAUCCCCCGAUAUGAAAAUAUUGCUUUUUGGUGCGUUCAAAACGGAUUUGCUACCACAUCUGCGAUUCCGUUCCCAUCUGAAUUGAGAGGAUCUAAAAAGUUUAGUCAGUAUUACGAGAAACUCUUAAAACUUGAAAGUAAAGCGGUUCAAAAACGGAAAGGGAUUUGGGAUGAAGAAAAUCCUAGCAAAUUUUGGAUUGUUAAAAUUUUGAAGUGGUUUUUGCAAAUGUGGCGAGAAAGGAAUCGGUGACGACAAAGAACAAUUUAUUUGUGAAAUAAAUUAUAGAGCAAAUCUUUCCAACCGGUGUAAACUUUGCAAGUAGAAAAGUUUGCAACAAAAUUUAGCUCACAAAAAAAGUGUUCCCAUACAUAAUGUACCCACUUAAUUAAUUUUGUAGAAGUUUACACCAGGCUUGGGCAAGAUACUUUAUUUUCAGAUACAAGAUAAAGAUACUUCUGCAAAAAAAUCCAAGAUACUAGAUAAAGACACUUUAUUCUCUGUUCUUUCCAAGAUACUUAGAUACUUAGUAAAAGAUACUUUUAAGUAUUUUUAAAGAUACAAGAUACAAGAUAAGAUAAAGUAUCUUGAAUAUUCCACAAGAUACAAGAUACUUUUGAUUUUUUUUAAGAUUUAAAAAAGAUAAAAUUUCAUAUUUUUUGCCAUUUAGGCAUCGCCAGUAAAAUGAAAGUCUUACUAUUGAGUAGUUAGGCAUUGAAAAACACCUUCCACUAGCAAAAAUACCACGCAUAUUUUCUUACAAAUUACAAUUACUACCUCAUAAAUCAUAAGAAAAUCGAACUUUAGAUGUCGCGGGUAGCAUAUUUUGCAAAAAGUAUCUUGUAUCUUAAAAAGUAUCUUAGAUACUUUCCUCUUGAUGGAAAAUAUCAGAUAUAAGAUACAAAUACAAGAUACUCAUUGAGGAUUUUCCAGAUACAAGAUACAAGAUACUUUGAGCUGAGGCGGGUGGAAGAUACAAGAUACGAGUAGUAUCUUGUAUCUUGUAUCUGGUAUCUUGUAUCUUAAAGUAUCUAUCUUGCCCAAGCCUGGUUUACACACAAAGUUUACACUGAUAAAUGUGAUAAAAAUACCUUUCGUUAUUUAAAUGACAAUCAAAAAAUAAAAAAAAGACAUUGACAUUUACAUAGAGCAGCAGCACGAAGCAACAGAAAUCAAUUCAUUUUAUUUUCUGUUCAACUUAUUAACGUAAUUAUGAAGAACUACGUUCUUAACAAUUUUUUUAUAUUAAUCAGUGAUGUACGUACGACCUUUUGAUUACCUUAGUUAUCAAAGAGCAUAUAAUUAUCGUAAAAAGUUGGAAAUAUUUCCUUUAAAACAGUCACCCGGAAAAUAAAAUACGCCGUACUUCCUACAUAUUUGUAAAUUUAUAUGUAUAUAAAAAAGUAUGGAUUAAUUAAGCUACGAUAUUUUUAACACCGUAUGAAAUUCAUGAAUACAAAUACUACACAAUGUUUUUUGGCUAUUAUUUAAAUAAAUAUUUAAAUAUUGGUGGUCUAGCUGCAAAAAGUGUUAUGUGAUUUAUCGGCAUGUUUCAUCUCAGGAAAUAUAACUACCAAAAACUCUCAGAUAACACUUUUUGCAGCUAGGCCAUCGAUAUUAGGCUUUGGGAGGCAGUCUGUUUUUUUAAAUAAGCGAGAUUACAAAGUUACAUGGCAGUUAAGAUCUGAAUAAAUAUUGGACGUUUGA